GCCAAAUGUGAUGAAGAUGAUGCAACUUGUAGUAGACCCAGAUGAACUAGAUGUAACGCAGACACCAGAGACCUUGGCGAGAAAGAGACAAAACAUCCAACAUGAUAUUCUUCUUCACAUUAUGGGUCGAAUAGCGCGACGAGGUUGCCGAGUCAAACUACGACAUUUGUCAAGUCAUGAUCAUGUAGUCGUGCUAGACUGAGCGAACCUCAAAGAACAGCAGAAAAUAAAACAUUUGCAACUACCGGUGACUCGUCCACUUCUACCAGAAGUUUUACUUUCACGAUCAUGCCCCCCGAGCCCGGCUCCACCUCCAGCUUCUUCACCAUGAGUAGUUCUUUCACUAGCCGGCUUCCAGGCCGCAAGACCACCGCCUUCACGGUGGCCGCCCUGGCCGCCUCCUCGUACUUCGUGUUGCGCUACAUUCCGCGCCGACUGAUCGAGUCCUUGAUGUACUACCCAAGGCCGUACGGAAAAAACAGCUACGCCCCCUUACUCAACGUCACCUGGAACGACUACAAGUUGGAAGAAAUCUCCGUGCCAAUAGCAGCGCAAUCCCAAUCCGGGGGCGGUAAUAUACCCUCUGCAAAAGUUGUUGUGCCAUUCAUCGGAUGCGUACUGUAAGCUGCCGGGCGGGUAUCGGUAUCAGGGUACCAAUUUGUCCGAUUAUCGCAGAAGUACAUUCCUAGUAUUGCAUGCGUCUCAACAUGCAUCGACAUGCCAUUCCCCUCACCUUUGUUGUACCGCCGAUCCUUGCUCCCUUCCCGACACGAUUUCGCAGUAGAUGCGCAUUCUUUUUUUUUUUAACGCAACAACACUGCGCGACGCUUUGCAUUUUAUUGUUGACACAGUACUAGUACUUAUCAUUUUGAUCUUGCGCAGAUUCAGCUCUUUCGGCUUCGCAUGCUGACGAGGUACAACUACUUUUGGAAAAUAUGCAUACCCCAGCGCACAGAGAAUCACUCACCGCAAAUUUUUCCUCUUUGCCCCGACUGAUUUUUUCCAGCGCGACUUCAGACCUCCCGUGAAGGACGCUCCGGAAGAUGAACAUCAAACCGCAUCAGAAACUACUUCUGCUGCCGCCGCUCCUUCCCCGUCAGUGUCAUCCUCGCGGCCCCCAAGUAGCACUACGGGAGUGCCAAUCCGACAGGUUUGGUUGGUGUAUGGCGGAAACGGCAUGGUGGCGCUCGAGUGGCUUUCUUCGGCGAUUCAGUGGACGAGCCGAACGUCGGAUGAACGGGCGAAAAAGGACUACUCCGAUCUCCUCCCGGACCUGGCGACGCCGCGCCAGAAGCCGGCCUUCAUUUUUGCCGACUACCCGGGGUACGGCAGCACCUACGUAGAACCGGAGAAGGAAAAAGAAAUCGAUCCGGAGGCGCUGCACAAACUAUGCACUGCAAAAGUUAAAGUAUCGUAUUCGUAUAAAUGCAUUACAACUUUCCUCAGCAUGAGAAAUAAAAUUUGUAAUGCAGAUUUCUUUCUUUCUUUCUUUCUUCUUCCUGUCUGGGCUUGACUCAAUUGUCUCUUUGGCCCGUUCACAACUCGUCCUGUUCGUUCAGUACAGCCUUCUUUUUCUCGCGCAAGUGCUUUCUCAGUUCUCAGACAGCUUGUAACUUCUCAGACAGCUUGUAAUGCAGAUUUGCCUGAAGACAAAGAUUUGUAAAUGCAAGACUUGCAUUUAUACGAAUGCGAUACUUUUGCACAGGAUACAAACCGAACCGGGACAACAUUUACCAGUCCACGGUGGAUAUCCGCUCGCAGCGAAGAAAAGUAUAUCGUACUCGUACUUCUAAAGAACGCAGUCAUGCACGACAAAUCGGCUUGGUAACGUAAUGGUAGAUCUGAGUUAGCAUGACAAAUUCCAUUUCGAUUUCUCCUUGUGAAAAAAACAUUGUGAUGCAACUAGUACUAGUACGGUAGUACAACUUUUUGCCAUGCAUAGUGGAAAUCCUGAACCGGUUCGAGCAGCUCGUGGAAGAGCGCGACCCAGAACCGGUCGCGCAGUUGCAGUUCAACGGCUUGGGGCACAGCAUCGGGUGCGCGGCGUUGCUGGAUUAUUUGGCAAAACAAGCCACUGCGGCGGCCGGCGAAGAUAAUGAUGAAGCAGCGAAGAAGAGAAAGACGAAGACCUCCCGUCAGUUCGACACACUGAUCCUCUCGGCCCCGUUCACGAGUGUGCGGGACAUGGCACAGAGAUUGCUCCCACAGCUCGAGUCUGUCCCAAAAUUCGUGCUGGACUUUGCGGUGCCGCCGGAGCAGCGGUGGGACAACGUGAAAGCGGUGGAGGAGCUGUUUGCGAAGUUGGAGCGUUUUCAGGAUCAGGAAGAAAAAAAGAAAAGAACUGCGCAGUUGGGUGAGGGUGGAAGAACAAAAAUCCACAUGAUUCACGGCGCGCAGGACGAAAUCUGUCCCAUCGAGCACGGCCGGGAAGUGCACCGAAAAUUUGCGGAACAUCUUUUGGGUGGGACGAUGAAUGGAGGAGCCGGGUAUCGACAUGAUCUUCCGGACGAGACAGGAACUUCUACUACGGCAGGGACGACCACCGCGAAAAGUAGUAAAGGUAGCGGUAAAAUAAAUAGUGGCACUAGUACUCAAAAUUAUACUAGUCCAAGUUUCUACGCCGCUCCUGCCGCGUCACACAACGACAUCCUGGACCUGGAAUCUUUCUGGUACGAAUUCGUGCUCUUUUACGGCCGUCCGCCGACUCCGGAAGCGAUUCGGUUUGGAAAGGAAGAACGGAAACAACAGCUGCAACAACCGGAGGAGAGGGAAAAUCUAUGCGAGUGCAAAUAUGUCAUCUCUCUUGGUCAUGUCAACAUCGAGACCGACCUGCAUGCAUCUGCAGUUUUAUUGUCCCCGCAGUGUAGCUAAGCUUAAACAAUAAGCCAUGCUGCAUGCCGCGAAUGCGUGUCCUACACCGUUGGCCUUAUUCAGGAUCACUCGCUGCAUUGCUAGCGUGAGUAUCGGCAGGAGGUCACACCAUGCUCAUCUACAUCGUGUGCUGGCAUAUUUGCACUCGACGAAAGAAAACGAGAAAGCUGAACAAAAAAAAUAAACAAGGUAACUUAUGACGAGAUGAAUAACAAACUCCUUCAUCCGGAACAUAUGGAUACGCGUAUGGCUGUGAGCAUUGUGCUCAUCUUAGAUGGUCAAACAUUCACAGAGGAUGAGAUGAAAGGAAAUGAAAGAAAGAGGACGAGAUGAAGAAGAA